AUGCCAAAGCCGGUGCUGCUCAAUCGCGAGACGAACGAGAUUCUCAUCAGGCGUCACAACGACCUUCUUGCCGCGGGCGUGGAUGAUGUCCUCUACUUUGAACUCUUGCGAGAUGUUGCAGCGCUCAAACGAGCGGUCAACCUCUCGCGGGCCAUGUGGAAGACGAACAUGCUGCGUGCCAAGUUGAUGCUGAAUGUCGAAGUGGAUUUCGACUCCGCAGAGGAAGCAGCACAAGUGCAAGUCGAGCAUUCCAGCUUGCUUUGGGACCAGAUCCCCAAGACCUUGAUGCCAGAGUUCCGGCCCGUAAACGAGCAGAUUCUGGAGACCACGAAUAUGGUGGGCAAUUUCCGCCUCAUCAGCAGGCUCCCGUGCCACAAGGGCAUGGUGCUGCAAGCAGUCGACGUGGAUCAAAAGGCAGUUGCCGUCAAGAUCUUCGAGAAAUCGCAGACGCAAGAUCCUGGCUUGCUUGAGAGCAUCUACCGCGAGUUCCGGCUCACGGGCGAGGUUGUGAGGCAUCCCAACAUCGCCAAGUGCCUGGACAUGCUUCACAGCCUCUCGCGGGUCUACCUCAUCAUGGAGUUUGCUGGCGGCUCAAACAUCGAGCACAUCAUCAGCUGUCGCCAAGAGCAGCGCAUGACGGAGGCGGAGGUGAACAAUUGUCGCUUACGCUGCACCGAGCUUUAUCUUCCUUUGGGGCAGAAGGGCAUUGCCCUUUUUUUUGAGUCUCUCUCUCUCUCUCUACACACAGAGUUUUCCCAUCUCUAG